UUUUGGGAGGAGCUAAAGCGGGCGCUCAGCGCUUGAGGCUCUUCCCGGCAACGCGCCGCCUCCGCUGCCCAGAGCCCCGCUGUUGCUGCGGCCGCCUCCGCUCCUUUCCUUUGCCCUGACCGGCCACCUGCCCCUAUUGUCCCCGAGCCAUGUGAUUGGGAGGGUGACCGAGCGCUUUUAUUUGCUUAGUCAUCCGCUCCGAGGAGGCGACUCGCGGGCGCUUGUAUAGACUUCCCGACCGAGCCCGGCGGGCGGUAUAGCGGCUCCUCCUCGCCGAAAGAGAAAAGGUUAUCCGGGACUCCCAGCAUGGGGACCGAAAGCGGCCGGGCGGCCGUCCUGCUGAGACAAGCGCGCACCCUCAACCUGCAAACCGGCAACCUGCUCAACUGGGGCCGCUUGCGGAAGAAAUGCCCGGCCACCCCCAGCGAGGAGCUGCGGGAUUGCAUUCAGAAAACCUUAAAUGAAUGGAAUUCAAAAAUCAGCCCUGAUCCGAUGCAGGAAAUUCCAGACAUUAUUGACUGUACUCUCCCACAAGCAGUAGAAAAGAUUAAUUCUGAAGAAAGAGAAGAAUUGAAAGUUUCAGCAAAGCUCUUUGUCACAAGAUCAAACUCCUCAUCAAUCAGAGAAGCAGUCAAUAUGACAUGUUCAGCUCUUGGUGUUGACCAGUUAGAUUCUGUGAUCAUUUCUCCCCCUCCAACUGAAGAUGGAAUUAAUUUUUCUUUAGAAUAUUUACAACCUUACUGGACAGAGCUUGAAAACUUAGUCCAGAACAAAAAGAUUGUUGCCAUAGGGACUUCUGAUCUAGAUAAAACAUUGCUAGAACAGCUGUUCAGGUGGGCACAGGUGAAACCAAGUAGUAACCAAGUGAAUCUUGCUUCCUGUUGUGUAAUGCCACCAGAUCUGACUUUAUUCGCAAAAGAAUUUGAUAUUCAGCUGUUAACUCAUAACGACCCAAAAGAACUGCUUUGUGAAACAGGUUUCCAGGAAGCUCUUCAGGAAAGCCUCCCAGAUUGCCAGGGGCAUGAAUGGAUUCCACUCUGGCUUCUGCGGUAUUCAGUCAUUGUUAAAAGCAGAGGGAUUAUCAAAUCCAAGGGCUACAUCUUGCAAGCUAAAAGGAUCCCAUCAUCUUAACACUGAUCUUGACAACUGGCUACUUCAGAGAGACCCUAUCUCUACUUCAUAUUGAACCUAGUAGUUGUUUUUUAAUCGACAAAAUUAUCAUAAAACCCAGAUUGCAUAUGGGUUGGUACUCUUGAGCCCAUUCUUUCAAUUUCAUUUACUUUCACAUACUAUAUGGUGAUCUGUGUUGAGAACAGUUGGCUCACCUAUAACAAUAUUGUUUUUCAUUAAAAUUUACUAAUUUAGGGAUAUUGUAUGUAAUCUUUGGAAUAUUUUAAUGACUAAUAUAAAUUCAAAAUCUAGCUAGCUAUAUUUUGAUUGAAGUAUUUUUAUUUGUAAGGCAUAAUUGACUUGGUAUACUUUAUGGCUGCUGAGCUGAUGGAAAACUAAAUAAACCACAUUUUGGUGGAAUAAGCAGGUGACUUCACAAGUGGUAAAAAUAUGUGAAAUAUUUAAUAGAGUCAUGAAUUUAUAUUCAGUUCACUACGCCUCAAACAUCUUACCAGAGUUUGACUAGCCAUGCACAAUCUUUGUUAUGUUUGUUGUAUUCUUCUCUUGGCAUAUGUUCAGAAGAUUUUUUUAACUCAGAAUUAUAUGGCUCCAGUGAAGAGUAGAACUAACUUUAAAAAUUGGUUUUGCUGAAGUUAAAACAUACUUAUAUUUUGAAAAAGAUAAAAAGUUGUAUAUAUAAAUUUCAGCAUUGCACUGAGUGUAGCUUCUUAGACGUUUUUAGGAAUUCUUAAAAACAACCAGAGGUGCAGAUAAAUUACUUUGAAGUUUGUGGGUUCUUCAAAAUAAAUUGAUUCAAUGGUCUUAAGCACUUAGUUUAAUUUAAAAACUGCUGCAGUUAAAUGAAUAUUUUAAUUCAGAUUAUCUCUAAAGAGGUUUGCUUAUUGAGAUUUCAGUAGUUCAACAAUGUACAUUUUUGCCAUUUUAUUGUGUAUUUCUGUGUUAUUAAUGCACAUAUGAAAGUUAUGUAAGGGAUGCAAACUUUAUCUGGAUUUUAAGAUUUUAAUUUAUAAAGAAAAUGUUAUAGCUUUACUAAACGUUUUAUUAUGUUUUUCAUACCAUAUUCACAUACUUGGAUCCAUUCCAACAGGGAAACCUCUUAUACUUUAUAUUAAAAUAAUUUUGCAUUAGAUAA